GCAACGAGUUGCUUUCAUUAAUGACAAACAACUGACGAAUGUCUUUGAGAAGAUUGAUCAGUACGGAUCUGAUCACAGUGAUGAUGAACAUCAGGAUCCACUCGAGAGGCUUUGCAACAGAGACGAGAGAUGCAAAAUUUUUGAAUCGCUUUUGAAGGGAAUUUUUCGCAGUAUAACAUGGAAAAAAAAAAAGGAGUUGUUUUCGAGAAGAAGAUCCCGUCUCCUGAGGAAAGGACAACAUUUUUUAACACGCUACAUGAUUUCUUCAAAUUGAGUUUGGCAGACUGGAAUGUGGCUGCAGCAAUGACUUUGCCAAAUGAAAAAGGACCGACACUGUUCCGCAAUUAUAGCCAAUUAUCAAGAUUUGACGAAGAUGACGAUCAGGAUUUUGCAAAGGCUGCAGCUGAAGAAGAGGCUGCAGUUGAAAAAGAGGCAGUGGUUGAAGAAGAGGCUACACUUGAAGAAGAGGCUGCAGUGGAAGAAGAGGCUGCAACUGAAAAAGAGGCCAAUGGAGAGCAAUUUGAGGCAACAGACAUGCAUAACCCGGGUUGCAAAAAAGUAUCUACAAGAACACAAGUUGCAAAUGAUGAGGAUGAGGACAUUGUUGAAGUUCGGCUGUUUCGGCGACGAAGAUCACUAGAAAAGCAGGUUGCAACUCAUGUCGAAAGCGUUGCAGAUCGUCGGGAGUCACAAUAAGAACGGUCAGCAGAAAACGAGUUUGAACCUGACGCCCAUGAACUUCAAGACAAAAAUGUUGCAGAUGCUGAAGAUGUUCAACAGUCACAGCAAGAAGGAUCAACACAAAAUGAGCGUGAUGCUGAUGUCAAUGAAGACACAAAUAUUGCAGAUGCUCAACCCCCUCAAGGCGAAGCAUCACAAGUGAACAAUGGAGAUAAAGUUAUCGUCGAAGACCUCUGGUCACAAAGUGGCUCACCAUCAGCAGAGAAGAAUGAUAUCCUUCGACACAGACGAACUUCCAAGGGAAGUCAAGCAACGACAUCGCAGCACAAGCAAACUCGACAAGUUCAACGACAUAAUGAACAACUCAAACAGAAGAAGACUGGUCGGGAGGCAAAUAAUAUGCCAUAGUUUAGUAGUGUUGAGGUUGAUAUGGUUGAAAGUCUUCGAGAGAACAGGAAAAGGAAGCAACCAUCAACUUCGACUACAAGUGUCUCACGUUCAAGGCAGUCCCGAAGGAAGUAGAUGUAGAACUCAGACAAUGCAGUAAUCAUCAUUGACAUCUUUUCAAUCUACACGCGACACUGGAAUAUAGGCAGAGCGGGCGAGUGAGCCGGGAUCUUGGCGACACAGACAGUCUGAAUCUGGACAAUGGCCCUAGCAUAAGGGGCGCAACUGUAUUACUUGGGCCCCAUCUGCAUUGGGCCUGGGCGCAGAUACUGGGACCCAGACGCAGGCUCAAGGUAGGCCGCUCACACGCGACACUGGCAUAUAGGCAGAGCGGGCGAGUGAGCCGGGAUCUUGGCCAUUGCGAGCAAGGCCGACACGCUGCUGCAUUGCGAGAGCGGGUGCUGCGCUGCGCUAGGCUGGGAGGCGGCAGGAUGGCGCUAAGCGGUAGGGCGUAGCCUGGGCGCAGGGCGCUGGCAACCAUAGUCGGGCUGCAUGAGAGCGUUGGAGGAGGUGAGGGCGAAGGUGGUUCUUCGGAAGGUGAAGGGCGCUGUGUGGGAUAACAAGGGAGAGUGAGGAAGAAGAGAUAGACGUACCUGGUGGAGAGGAGGUCGGCAUUGGUGUUAACGUCAUCACUCACUGGUCAUCAAGUUGUCUGUAUUGGUGUUAACGUCAUCACUCACUGGUCAUCAAGUUGUCUGUUUGCUUCCAUGCUGUAGUUGUAGGAACAGGCUGUAGAGUAGAUAGGGCACCUGGUGCCAUUCAACAGAGAGAGCUACAUUGGGUUAUGUUGUUGGUGUUGCCCGAUAAGGCAUGAACAUUGACUCACGAUUCUGCUGUAUCGUUCUCAAAUAGAUGGUUAUCUUGGUUCCAUUGUGCUAUCUGCUCUUGCUUUGACUACUUGGACUUCAACUUGAUUUGCAAUUUGGAUUUCAGUGCUUCGUCCACAUUCAUGUUCCUUGCAGUAUCGACGUGUACUUUCUUGUUAUAUUCUUACCUGGUCUGCAAUCUUGCUGACCUUUUUGUCUGUUUCAAUAUAGUUUUUUAACAAUUUUUUGAGGUCUUUUAGAAUUGUUUUUUCCCUUUGUAUCUUUCCUGGCCCUUGCACGGGCAGGCCGCCCGGACGAACAAGGUGAUUGAGGCGGCCCGACUGGUAGCCUAGUUAAGUACUACAAUGGGCCUUGAAUAACACAGAGGGGUUAUGGUAUCUGUAUCGUUUCUUUUUCCUCAUUUUAAACCACCAAUAAGUCUCCCUGACGAAUUUCGAUGACGAAAUCGAAUUUGUCCACCACGGUACUCUUGAGGAGGUCUGUGACCUCUGCGUUCCCCAGCUCCCAGAACU